AUGAAUUUAUUGAAUAUCGCUAGACAUCUUGUUUAUUUAACUCAAACUGAAUAUGGAUAUGAACAUUCUGCUAUUACUAUUGAUGAAAUUUGUGCUUCCAAGCAGUUGUUCGAGCUUCUGAAGUCAUUCAAAGAUAGCUAUUUCAGUGAAAUUCAUACUUAUGAUACUCUCGAAUUAGCUGAUGAAUAUAAUGAAUUAACUGAUGAUGAAGAAGCAACCGAUCAAGAAGAAGAUAGUGAUAGUGAUAGUGAAGCUGAUGAUUAUAAUGAGAAUGAACACUAUGAUAUAAAAAAUCAUUUUACAUUAGAAGAAAUUGAAAAUAUAAUCGGAUGGGUUGAUGAACAUCCAAAUGCUAGAUUUACAACUAUUUCUCAUUGA